GGUUCAAAUGGAGAAUCUUGCAGAUCCAAGGUCCGUCCCUCCUCUCAUUCCCAUCUGUUAAAUGGAAUGCUGUUUAUAGGAGAGCAUCUUCGCUUUCCAUCCUCUUUUGUUCGCAAAUUCUGUAGCCUAACAUACUUCUGUAAAUAUAUCAUUUAAACAGGUGGAUUUUUUUCACCCAGUUUUAUUAUCAUGGCAAAGUUUUUUGUUUUAUUAUUUUAUAUUUCCCAAGUUCUUCUUCCUUUCAUCUUUGGACAACAACGUCCAGCCGGAGCCUGGAGGCAGCGCAUCCAGUGGCAGAAUAACGGGCAGGUUUACAGCCUGCUCAGCACCGGAUCACAGUACCAGGCUCCGGCUCGGUCUGCCAGCCUGUCCAGAGUUUAUUUGAGCAGCAGGAGGGAAGGCGCUGCAGGUAAAGUGCCAAGUGCGCACAGAGGAGUCGCUUCUGGAGCGCAGGUUGUGAGGCAUACUGGUGAACGGCGGUUCAAUUCCUCCUCAUCCGACGGUUUAAGAAACUCAGGAGGCAGGAGAGAAACCGCACAUCUAAGUGAAUCUCAUCCCAUAGCAGGAGGCGAGCAGCUUAGUGUGCAACACCAACAAUUACGCGCAGCGCCGGAAGGGAUGCUUGUCUCUAGGCAACCCAUGCAAACUGGGGGUUUUAUUCCAGCGCAUAUUUCAGUUCUGGAAACCAAACCAGAGGCCCCCGCUGCUUUCCCAGUGUCAAGCGUGUAUGUAACAAACGAGGCUGAUGAGGAGGGCAUGGUCAGCGACGAUCCCCGGAACCCUUUAAAGACGCACAGGAAUUCUGUUUUCUACAACAUGUACCCCUCCAGGGGAAGGUCAGUAGGAGCAGGAUACGGAACAAGGUAUUUCCACAAUGGCCUGCCAGACCUCGUUCCAGACCCCUAUGCCAUUCAAGCUGGGACUUACGUCCAACGCAUGCAGAUGUACGCGCUACGCUGUGCUGCAGAGGAAAAUUGUCUGGCAAGGUCGGCUUAUGCACCCGGUGUUCGAGACAUCGACUUCAGGGUGCUGUUGCGAUUCCCUCAGAAAGUGAAGAACCAAGGAACCGCAGACUUCCUUCCUCUCAAGCCCAGAUAUCAGUGGGACUGGCACAGCUGUCAUCAGCACUACCACAGCAUGGAUGCCUUUAGUAACUAUGACCUGUUGGACAUUGUUACUGGACGUAAAGUGGCGGAGGGACACAAGGCCAGUUUCUGCCUAGAGGACACAGGCUGUGACCCUGGAUUCAGGCGGCGCUAUGCCUGCACAACUCACACACAGGGCCUGAGCCCAGGUUGCCAUGACACUUACGCCGCUAACAUCGACUGUCAGUGGAUUGAUAUCACCGACGUACCUCCAGGAAACUACAUCCUACAGGUUUCUGUCAAUCCUAAUUUCCACGUCCUGGAAUCAGACUUUACCAACAAUAUUGUGAGAUGUGACAUCAUUUACACAGGAGUUUAUGUUCAGACAAGAGGCUGUCGAAUUACAAGGGCUUGAAUAUCGUUAACUGCCCAAUAAACUGCUGGAUUUCUGCAGUAGAACGUCUCCUCCUGUACUGGAUUUCAAUACAGACACAAACGAAUAAAAGCUGGUUCAACUUCCUUAACAGAUUGAUAUGGAAUAAGCAUUUAUUGGUAAUUUGUCUAAAAGUGUCUGAUCACUGAUUGUGAUUUUUUUGUUCAUGCAUUUUUCUGAAAAUCUACCAUGAUUCAUUAAAAACAAAUAGCAAAUGUGAGCAUUGUCUCCUUUAGAAGUGUUGCUUAGUUGCUUUCAUUCUUUGUUUUGCUGCCCUUUUCUUAGCUGUGUCCCACUCUUCUUUUGCUCUUCUCUGUGUUAUGUGUGCAGUGUUAGUUGUAUAUUCAAUCUGAUGUGAAUAAAAACUAUUGACAUUUCUGAAACCAGUUAAUUUUGGUCAGGGUUUGUCUUUCAGGCUGGACUUCUGUCAAAUAAACUUUGUUUAGUCUGAA